CAUUUUAUGAGAAUAAGGCUUGCAUGGACAAUGGCAUGGUGAACAUUAAUGUAGAACAGCCUGACACAGUUUCUAACAUUGAAGUGCAUUGGAAAGUCCACACCUAUGAGAAUCAGCCUGGUUAUAAAGCAGGGUUUAAAGGUUGGCGAGGUUGGGGGAUGAUAGAGAUGGCCACUUAUAUGGACUGGAAUGG